AUGUCCUUUUACCGUUCUAAUACCUCGGCAGGUGGUGUAACUCCUACGCUAUCAGCUGAUAAGGAUCUUGCUAAUGACAUUGUCAUUAAUAAUCCAGCUGAAGAUUCAAUUUCAGAUAUCGCUUUUUCACCACAGCAAGAGUUCCUAUUCAGCGUAAGUUCAUGGGACAAAAAAGUGCGGAUCUGGGAUGUUAACGGAGGAAUUGCUCAGGGACGGGCCGAGUAUCAACAUCAAGCGCCAGUACUGACAACAAGGUGGUCUACAGAUGGUACAAAAGUGGCAUCGGGUGGGUGCGAUAAUGCAGUGAUGCUGUACGAUGUUGCAUCAGGACAAUCCCAACAAAUAGGAGCACAUGAUUCAGCAGUAAAAUGUCUGCGCUUUGUGCAGUGUGGUCCUACAAACACUGAGUGCCUUGUAACCGGUUCUUGGGACAAGACUGUAAAAUAUUGGGAUCUGAGACAGCCUCAGCCAGUUUCUACUCUCGUGAUGCCCGAGCGCGUCUAUUGCAUGGAUUCAAAACAAAAGCUACUGGUCGUUGGUACGGCGGAAAGACAUAUAGUGGUUAUUGAUCUCAAUAACCCGGGGACUAUUUUCAAGACCACGACCUCGCCUUUGAAGUGGCAGACAAGGUCUGUGGCCUGUUAUAUAGAGGGCAAUGGCUUUGCCAUUGGGUCGAUAGAAGGUCGCUGUGCUAUUCAAUAUGUGGAUGAUCAAGAGCAACGAAAAUCAGGGUUCUCCUUCAAGUGUCACCGCGUUCAACAACAGGCCACGGGUGCUGCUGGUGGAAGAACUAGUACUGAAUCUCAUGUUUAUCCGGUGAAUAGCAUAGUAUUCCACCCUGUUUACGGCACAUUUGCAACUGCUGGAGGUGAUGGAUCGUUCCACUUUUGGGAUAAAAACCAACGGCAUAGAUUAAAGGGCUUUCCCUCUUUAAAAGCAUCCAUACCUGUAUGCAACUUCAACAGAAGUGGUGCGGUUUUUGCGUACGCCUUAAGUUACGAUUGGCAUCAGGGUCACAUGGGUAACAGACAGGACUAUCCAAAUGUCAUCAGGCUACACGCUACAACAGAGGAAGAGGUCAAAGAGAAGAAAAAAAGGUGA